AUGGAGCUGUGGGAGAUGUACUGGGGAGGAAUGGAGCUGUGGGAGAUGUACUGGGGAGGAAUGGAGCUGGAGGAGAUGUACUGGGAAGGAAUGGAACUGGAGGAGAUGUACUGGGGAGUAAUGGAGCUGGAGGAGAUGUACUGGGGAGGAAUGGAGCUGGAGGAGAUGCACUGGGGCGGAAUGGAGCUGGAGGAGAUGCACUGGGGAGGAAUGGAGCUGCUGGAGGAGAUUUACUGGGGAGAAAUGGAGCUGGAGGAGAUGCACUGGGGAGGAAUGGAGCUGGAUGAGAUGCACUGGGGAGGAAUGGAGCUGGGGGAGAUGUAG